AUGAGUUCUUCUAAAGAUCAAGAACAAGCCGUAAAACAAAGUAAAGAAGCCUUCGCCUAUAAAUUCUGGCAAGAAUUUCAGGAGGAACGGGGAGCAAUACAAGAGUCUAUAAAUGAAUUAUCACAAAAACAAAGAUCAUCAAUUCCUUUAUUGUGCGAAGGAUUAUUACAGCGUAUAAGUGAGCUUGAAAAAAAAACUACAGAUGCUUCAAGAUUUUUACCUCCUUAUGACCAAAGACAGUCGAUUCUGCAAGUCAGAGCGUUAAUUGAAGAUCUUAACACAAAAAAAGCAGAAUUGACUCCAAAGAGCAAAUUUUCGUUUAAAUCAAGAAAAGCGACAGGAUCAACAGAAAAAAGCAUGACAGCCGAAUCGAACAAAAUCAUAAACAAUAAUUUGGAAGUUAUUACUCCAAAUAACGAAAUUGUUCCUAUUACUACUUCACUUAAUCAAAACUUUCAAACGGUGACUCUAAAUAAUAGACAAAAUUGCUAUAUUAGUGUGAAUUCAUAUUUAACAAAUUUGGAAGAACCUGGCGAAAAAGUAAUGGAUUUUCAAAUUUCGAAUUUAGAUCAUUGUAUUGUGAACCUUGUAAGUUCUAAUGUAACUAUAGGUGCGAUACAUAUUAAAAGAUUGAAGGAUACUAUUAUAAUGGCAAGUCCAGUUAGAAGUUCGAUUUUGAUCUAUGACUGCGAGAGAUGUGUGUUCUUGAUUGGAUGCCAUCAAUUCCGGAUGCAUACAUCUAGGCAAAUGACUAUUUAUCUUCACACAACAAGUCAUCCUAUAAUCGAAGAUUGUAAUAAUAUUUUAUUUGCACCUUACACACUAUCGAUUCCUAGCUUGGGCAAUAUGUUUGAGGCGGCUAAGUUAGAUCCAAUAAAUAACAAAUAUGAUAAGGUUGAAGAUUUUAACUGGUUAAAACAACAGGCAUCUCCUAACUGGCAAACUAUUUCAGAAAACAAAAUUCUUAGAGAUUGGCCAUUUCUUCAUAUGGAUGAUCAAAAUGAUGAUCCAAAUGAUGAAGAAACUGUUUUAAAUGUGUUGAAUGGGAUUUUGGGGUCUCAAUUAACUUCUUGA